AACUGAGAAGCUGCCUCUAUUCCCAUUUUGGAGUAUACAGUACAUACAUAUACUCACAUAUUUCGUGACGACCAUUUGUACCUGUGGGACAUUGCCACCUGAAGAAAAACUAUACCUUAAAGUAUUUGAUUGGUGUGUCUGAGAAGAAGGCAGUUUGUUGUGCUUGGACCCCCCCACUUCAGGGGAGAGAAACCUCUGACACCAGCAUUUGAAGACCAUGACAUCCAACAUUUCGAUCUGUCUCUGCCUGUUGCUGGUGUCUUGUAGUUCGACUGCAGUCAUCACCGGGGCAUGUGAGAAGGACUCUCAGUGUGGAGGUGGCAUGUGUUGUGCAGUCAGCCUGUGGAUCCGGAGCCUACGAAUGUGCAUCCCAAUGGGUCAGGAGGGAGAAGACUGUCAUCCAAUGAGCCACAAGGUGCCCUUCUUUGGCAGGAGACUCCAUCACACAUGCCCUUGUCUGCCCAACUUAGCCUGCAUCACCAUAGCUGAUGGCAAGUCCAAAUGUCUCUCGCCAUUUCCAUUCCAGGAUCAGUACCUGUGAUGAAGAUGUUUACCUGUAUACCAUGCAGAUGUUUGUACAAAGUGUAUAGUUGCAAAAGUGUUUUCUUGAUUGAUUUUAGAUUCAUUUUAUUGAAUUUAUUUAAUCUUUAUGGAAAAUGGAAAAUAAAUUAUAAGUAUAGUAAAUAAGUAAAUUAUGGCAAUGAGAUCAUAAAAUGCAAGCGCUAUUGCCAAAAUGUCAGAAUAUGACCAAAUAAAUAAAUAUUACAAUUAUUAUUUUGGUUGUUUAAAAUAUUAUACACUACGGUAGUAUGAUGUAAGUAUAUAAGCCAUUAACUGUGUUUUUUAACAGAAAGAUGUGGGCCACUGAAACUUUGGUUACAGGUCGUAAUAGCUAUUUGAACCUGACACUAAGAUAAAUGCUAUUAAAGUAUAGCAUACAGGUAUGGUCAACGUGUGGUGGUUGUUUUCAGAGCGCUGCGCAACACCUCUUUGACAGUUCAUUAGUCAAGGACUAAAACACAAUCAUUUAGUUUCUUACUGAACCCAUUUUAUAUUUUUGAUAAUGUUUUAGCAACACUUAAAGGUUACAUAAAUAUAAAUCAGUUCUAUUAUUAUCAGGUGAUGUACACUGUAAUUUCAUUUCAUUUAUUAUUACGAGUUAUGAUUUCAUGCCAUUUAAUUUCACUAAAUUGCAUGCUUUCAAGAGCCUUGGUACCUUUGUAGAGGAACAUUUCACACUUGCAAUUUAGAAGUGGGUUUUUGAAAGCCUUCUAAGGUUAGCAGCGUUUUGGGAAAGAAGUGGCAAAUGGUGAUGGAAAACGCAUGAGUUGGACUUAAAAAAGAGACUUAUUCCAUCCUUGUAAUGUUCUAUUCUUAUCCUUACCUUUAUAGUCUGAAAAGUCCAUUCAGGAAAAACUAGAGCUCUCACGUAAACAAUGAUGCUGACAAUGCAAAUAUUCAAAAAAGAACAGGGUUUAAGCAUGUGAAUUGUCAUCUUAUGAAUAACCAGGAAUCAUUUUUAACCCAGGGUAAUUUAUGAGCAUGGUGAAACAAGGUAAUGUUGGAAUCGGUUUACUCUGAGUUUAGAAUGGCCCACUAUUUCAAGUGUGGAAAAAAAGCUGUAAUGAUUACCAUAUUUAUAUAUCAUAUUCUUUAUAUGGUAUUUUAAGGUACUUUAAAAUAAUAGCAUGGUAUUAGUGUGGAGCAUAUACAAAAAUUGGCACGUUCAAAAUCAUUUGUGGUACUACCAUGGUACUUUUUUUUGUUGGUGCACUCAAAUGUAUUGAAUACAAUUAAUAGGUAUGAUUUAACUACUGCAAAUAACAAUAUAUAAAAUGCUCUGUAUUAUAUAAUUGUGUAUUCAACUGGUCCAAUAUCCAAGUAGUCUCUUGCAUAUUUUCUGGAUUACUGUGUGGGCCUGUAGAGAACAUGUCAAACUACUCUACAAAACUAUUCUUAAAAAUGCUUAUUAUAGUAUUCUUUUCUCACUUAAGUGUGUCACAGUGAAGAAACUGUCCUGGGAAAAGGACCACCAUCACUUUAUUUACCCUCUAUUGCUGUACUGAAGAACAUUGAGAGUGCUGGAGCUGGAACACUGUGUAGAGCCAUUGUGUCAUUGUUAAAUAACAGGCAUGCUUCUAGAGCAAUUAUACAAACUUUUCUCAAAGGUUUAAACAGGCUUUUUCUUUUGAAAAACCAUUUGAGUCUCUGAAAGCCCAAUUGCUUGAACAAAGCAAACUGCAUAUUGCAUCCAUAAGUCUGAGAUAAGUUUACACUGCGCUGCAUGAUAAAAUAUUCAUGGCCUGCUUUUCAAAUAAGUAUGUAUUUCCAUCAGACUAUAACUGCUGUUUUAAUGCACUAGCUGGAAGGAGGCCAGAAAGAAGGCAGUAUGUGUGGUGCAUCUUUACACAAGGCGGGAAUACAGGGUGAAUAAUUUUUUUUUUUUUUUUAAUAAAGCAAGUGCUUCAGUCUAUAUGUUUUCCCUGGGCACUGCAGCUACCUUUCUGAUUAGUAUGGCAGCAAAUAAAGCAAGUCUGAAACU